AAUUUUGUUCCAGAAGACAGAAAACUGUUUGUGGGCAUGCUCAACAAACAGCAGUCAGAAGAUGAUGUGCGCAGGUUAUUUGAAGCAUUUGGGAACAUCGAGGAGUGCACGAUCCUUCGAGGACCAGAUGGCAACAGCAAAGGGUGUGCUUUUGUGAAAUACUCCUCGCACGCAGAAGCCCAGGCGGCCAUCAACGCUUUACACGGGAGCCAGACAAUGCCGGGAGCAUCGUCCAGCCUGGUGGUCAAGUUUGCAGACACGGACAAGGAGCGCACCAUGCGCCGUAUGCAGCAAAUGGCGGGUCAGAUGGGCAUGUUCAACCCAAUGGCCAUACAGUUUGGAGCAUAUGGAGCUUAUGCGCAGGCAGUGAGUCAACAGGCCGCCAUCAUGGCCUCUGUGGCACAAGGCGGCUACCUAAAUCCCAUGGCAGCCUUCGCAGCAGCUCAGAUGCAGCAGAUGGCCGCACUCAACAUGAACGGGCUGGCUGCCACCCCCAUGACACCCACCUCAGGUGGCAGCACGCCUCCAGGCAUCACUGCACCAGCUGUGCCUAGCAUCCCCUCUCCCAUUGGGGUGAAUGGUUUCACUGGUCUCCCGCCACAAGCGAAUGGGCAACCUGCAGCAGAAGCCGUCUUUGCCAACGGCAUCCAUCCCUACCCAGCACAAAGCCCAACCACAGCUGAUCCUUUGCAACAAGCAUACGCUGGAGUACAGCAAUACGCAGCUGCUUACCCUGCUGCAUAUGGCCAGAUAAGUCAAGCCUUCCCACAGCCACCUCCCAUGAUACCACAGCAACAGAGAGAAGGACCAGAGGGCUGCAACCUGUUUAUCUACCAUCUGCCCCAGGAGUUUGGGGACGCAGAGCUGAUGCAGAUGUUCCUGCCAUUCGGCUUUGUGAGUUUUGACAAUCCUGCUAGUGCCCAAGCGGCCAUCCAGGCCAUGAAUGGCUUCCAGAUUGGGAUGAAGAGGCUGAAGGUACAGCUGAAAAGGCCAAAGGAUGCUAACCGUCCCUACUGAAGAAUGGUGGGAAACACUGGAUAAGCAAGGUCUAGCACAGGGCAUCAGCUGAAUGGGCCACCCUUAGAGAAAUAUAUAUAAAUAUAGAUAUAUAUAUAUAAAUAAAUAUAUAUAUAUUAAAUAAAUAUAUAUAGGAACGAGAACUGUGGG